AGAGGUUCGGCGCGAUGUCCCACAGCACCAAGCGAAGCAAGAGGAGGAGCAGAAGAGGGUAUUGCAGGAUCCUACUACUAUGCUGGGCUCUCCUGGUGGUACUACUCGUCAUGGCCCACCCGGCGGCCGCCCAGAAACGCACAGGCUCAGAAAAGGUACCUGUCCUGAACAUUGCCGUAAUCCUCGGACGCACGCGCUACAUCUCCGACCGGGAUAUUCGGGCGUUGUGGAGCAAAGAGGACCCCAUCGACGUCAACGUGGUGACUCUGCUAGUGAACGAAACCGACCCGAAGAGCAUCAUCACCCACAUGUGCGACCUGAUGUCCGGGACUAAGAUACACGGCGUGGUCUUCGGCGACGGCACGGAUCAGGAGGCCGUGGCGCAGAUUUUGGAUUUUAUUUCCUCGCAGACGCUCAUCCCCAUCCUCGGCAUCCACGGAGGGUCGUCGAUGAUCAUGGCCGAAAAGGACGUGAAGUCAACGUUCUUCCAGUUCGGGGCGUCCAUCCAGCAGGAGGCGCUGCUCAUGCUGAACAUCAUGGAGGAGUACGACUGGCACAUCUUUUCCAUCGUGACGUCCAAGUACCCGGGGUAUCAGGAGUUCAUAAACAUCCUCAAAACCACCGUGGACAACAGCUUCGUGGGCUGGGACCUGCAGAACAUCAUCACCCUUGACGCGGUGGAGGAGGACAGCCGCUCGCAGAUCAUGCUCAAGAAAGUGCAGUCUCCCGUGGUGCUCCUGUACUCCUCCAAAGACGAAGCGGUCAUCAUCCUGGAGGAGGCGCGAUCGCUGGGCCUGACCGGAUUCGGAUACAUCUGGAUAGUACCGUCCCUCACCACCGGCAACCCGGAGAUCACCCCCGAAGAGUUCCCGUCGGGCAUGAUCUCCGUGUCCUACGAUGACUGGGACUACCCCAUAGAGGCGCGGGUGAGAGACGGACUGGGGAUUAUCACGUCUGCGGCGGCGGCCAUGUUGGAGGAGCACGGAGAUAUACCGGAGGCGAAGACGUCGUGCUACGCGCAUCCCGGGCCUCUCCCCCCCGGAAGACUGGCCUUUUUCAGGUACAUGAUGAACGUGACGUGGGAUGGACGGGAUUUGUCUUUCACGGAGGAUGGAUACCAAGAAAACCCCAAGCUGGUGGUCAUCGUGCUCAACAAGGAGAGAGAGUGGGAGAAGAUGGGUAAAGUGGACAACCGCAGCCUGAGCCUCAAGUAUCCGGUGUGGCCUCGGUUUAACUCUUUCGGGGACGCGGAGCUGGACGAUAACCAUCUGUCCAUCGUCACUCUGGAGGAGAAGCCCUUUGUCAUCGUGGAGGACGUGGAGAGGCUCACGGGCACCUGCAUGAGGAACUCUGUGCCCUGCAGAAAGCACAUCAAAGACAACUCAACUGAAUCUGGUGGAACCUACAUAAAGAAGUGCUGUAAAGGCUUCUGCAUCGACAUUCUGAAGAAGAUCGCGAAAUACGUAAAGUUCACCUAUGACCUGUACCUGGUAACCAAUGGCAAACAUGGCAAGAAAAUCAACAACGUCUGGAAUGGGAUGGUGGGAGAGGUGGUCUAUAAGAAAGCCGUCAUGGCCGUCGGGUCUCUGACGAUCAAUGAGGAGCGUUCUGAGGUCAUCGAUUUCUCCGUCCCGUUCGUGGAAACCGGGAUCAGCGUCAUGGUCUCCCGUAGCAACGGAACAGUGUCUCCAUCAGCCUUCCUCGAGCCAUUCAGCGCAUCAGUCUGGGUCAUGAUGUUCGUGAUGCUCCUGCUGGUCACUGCAAUGGCCGUGUUUAUGUUUGAGUACAUCAGUCCACUGGGCUUCAACAGGAACCUGGCACAGGGCAAAGACCCCCACGGCCCGUCCUUCACCAUGGGCAAGGCCGUGUGGCUGCUCUGGGGUCUCGUCUUCAACAACUCCGUGCCCGUCCAGAACCCCAAAGGAACCACCAGCAAGUUCAUCGUCUCCGUGUGGGCCUUCUUCGCCGUCAUCUUCCUCGCCUCCUACACUGCCAACCUGGCCGCUUUCAUGAUCCAAGAGGAGUUCGUGGACCAAGUGACGGGGCUCUCCGACAACAAGUUCCAGAACCCGUACGCGUAUUCCCCGCCUUUCCGGUUCGGGACUGUGCCGAACGGUUCUACGGAGAGGAACAUCCGGAAAAACUACCCCGCGAUGCACCAGUACAUGGUCAAAUACCACCAAACCGGAGUCACGGACGCCCUGGUCAGCCUCAAAUCCGGGAAACUGGAUGCGUUUAUCUACGACGCCGCGGUGCUCAACUACAUGGCGGGAAGAGACGAGGGUUGUAAGCUGGUCACCAUCGGCAGCGGCUACAUCUUCGCUACCACUGGAUAUGGCAUCGCUCUGCAGAAAGGCUCGUACUGGAAGAGACAGGUGGACCUGGCGAUCCUGGCCAUCAUCGGAGACGGUGAAAUGGAGGAACUGGAGGCCCAAUGGCUGACCGGUAUCUGCCACAACGAGAAGAACGAGGUGAUGUCCAGUCAGCUGGACGUGGACAACAUGGCGGGGGUCUUCUACAUGUUGGCUACAGCGAUGGGCCUUUCCCUUAUCACCUUCAUCUCAGAACAUCUCUUCUACUGGAGGCUGCGCUACUGCUUCACUGGGGUCUGUUCCGGACAGCCCGGGCUCCUCUUCUCCAUCAGCCGGGGAAUCUGGAGUUGUAUCCAUGGUGUUCAUAUUGACAUGAAGAAAAAAACGGAUCUGGACUUUAGUCCCCAGGAUAAGAUGCUUAAGUUGAUAAAGUCGGCUAAACAGAUGUCCAACAUGGCCAACCUGGCGGCCAACUCUCCUAAACGGGAGUUCAUGCACUCAGCCGGUCCCAUGAUCAUGGACAUGAUGGCGGAGAAGGGGAACUUUAUUUAUGCGGACAACCGAAGCUAUGCUCCCAAAGACAUGAUCUACGGGGACACUGGAGACUUACAGGCCUAUCUCGCCAACCGCCACAAAGACCACCUCAACAACUACAUAUUCCAGGGAGGACAGCAUCCUCUGACCUUGAAUGACACCAAUCCCAACUCAGUGGAGGUAGCUGUGAGCGCUGAUGCCGUCCAGACCAAUGCCAAACCCCCUCGUACCUUGUGGAAAAAGUCUGUGGACACACUUCGCUCAGCGCCUCCCGGCCCCGCCCCCAUGCCCGACAUGCUUAUGCCCGACCCCCGUCUGUCCAUGAAGACCCAGAGGUACCUCCCAGAGGACACCGCCCACUCGGACAUCUCCGACUGCUCCAGCAGAGCAGCCUCCUACAAGGACCCAGAAAACAACAAGCACCUGAAGUCCAAGGACAACUUAAAAAAAAGAUCCGUGACGUCAAAAUACCCAAGGGAUUGCAGUGAGGUAGAGCUGUCCUACUUAAAGACUAAACAGGUCAGCGGUGGAACUAACCAAAGCGGGAGAGGAGCAGGAGGAGAAAAAAUCUACACUAUUGAAUCAGACCGAGAAAUGAGCCUUCAUUCAGACCCCAUUCAGUACCGUGAGAGCAGAGGCCUGGCCGCUGACGAUCUGGACUACCCUGAAAUCUAUUCUGACCACAGUGAUAAUUACAGGAAGUGUGAGCAGCCCAUUAUCCACCUGAACUCCUCUCCUCUGCAUCACACAGACUCGGAUAUGUUGCCAGACCCAACAUACUCCAAACACUACAGCCUAAAGGAGAAAAACAUCUCUCUGUCGCCACAUGAAACUAUUGACCGAUACAAACAGACACACUGCCGUGCAUGCUUGUCUAAGAUGACCACUAGCUACCCAGCAGGUGGAUCCUAUCCCUCAUCGGGGUCUGCUACCCGCUCCCCCUACAACCGCUGUGAAGCCUGCCUCCACACAGCAAACCUGUAUGACAUUAGUGAGGACCAGCUCCUCGCAGACUCCCUGAUCAGUCCCACCAUGCACCUCCAGCACGCACAGACACAAGAUGAGAUGUUUGGGCUGUACUGGCCCCAGACCGACGGGCCACAUGUCCAAAAGAGAAACCGCUUACGGCUGAGUCGGCAGCACUCCUUUGAUAACAUCAUGCUAGAAAAGCCCAAGGACUUGGACCAGGGACGUCCCGCCCGCAGCGUCAGCCUCAAGGAGAAGGACCGCUUCCUGGAUUCUGCCUCCGACUCCCAAUAUGCCAAUCUUUUCGGCAUGCGGCCCUACUCUGGCAAACUGUUCGGCACAGGCCCCAAAUCUAUGUUCAAUCAUAACUUAGAGGAGAGCAAGAGGAGCAAGUCCCUGUACCCCACCCAUGGCUCUGACAACCCCUUCCUCACCCACUCACUAAGGGACGACACCAGCAGCAGACUGGUCCAUGGGCGGAGCUCCUCGGAUAUUUACAAACAGCUGGCUGUAGCUUCUCCUGCAGCUGUGCUGACAUCAGCCCCCAUUCAAACACGCGUUGAUGCGAACAAUCUGCGCUCCUCUGUUAAGUCUAAUGCUUCAUACUGUUCACGGGACGGGCGGAUAGCCAAUGACAUGUACACUAAGGAGCAUGCAAUGCCUUACUCAGCCAAUAAGACUAGUGCAUACCCCGCACAGCGUGGUGUCCUAAACUCAGCCCAGAUCAGCAAUAGACGGCUGUAUAAAAAAGUCCCCAGUCUUGAGUCCGAUGUUUAGUUGAUAUAAGAAGUAUGUCUUUUCUGCUCCUAACUCCUCUCUGGCUUUGUAUUAUAUUUUAUCAACUAUGUUAUCCACUAAAAGGAUGCCAUAGCCAUUCUUUUCUUCUUCUCUGACCUAAUCCAAAAGAACUCAUGCCCUCUGAGGUGAUGGGAUUAUGAUUAUUCUGCAGAUGGUAUCAUUUCUGUCCAGUCUCGGCCGUGUACCCUCUUGGAUUCAUGGCUGGAGCUCAGCUUGCUCUAAGCAAACGGGAUGUAAGGAAGGGACGAUGGAAGGGCAUCUUGCGUUAAAUGUGUCAGAAAAGGUCUAAGGUUCUGUGAUGUUUUACUGUUGGUAAAGAACUGUUGUGUUUAGUUUGUCACUUGUUGAGGAGGCAGUGGAAUAAGGUGCGUUCUCUGGCCCACCUCUGCUGUCAGGCUGGCUGAGCGUAAAAGGCCUGACAGGAAACCAGAUGGGCACGUUCCAUGUCAGGGCCAGACACAGGGCCAGGCACAGGCCUCCCAGGGGGGCCGGGGCGUCACGGUGCUCUAGUCACUGUUACGCUGACAAAUAUGGCCACCGAGACCCUCGGCAGGGUGAAAGGAGACAGGCAAAUGUGAUGAGGGCUGAUCUAAAGGGUUUUAGCAGGAUUCUAUCAGAUCAUUUGUCAGAAUAAAGAUGGAUUUGGUAAACCACAGUGACACAUAAUGAUGGAAAGUGAAGAGUAAUGUAUAGGAUUGCUCCUAAAGAAGUUUACAAACAAAAGGACUAGCAGGCUGAUGGGCAUUUCUUUUCUGGCACUUCGCAUAGAAAAAAUUGCAGUAUUGCUUUUUAUUCUAUUCUACUGUACAAUUUAUUCGGGAUUCUGGCAUUCAGAUCCCCAUGUGUAGGACUUUAGUGUUUGCUUAUUUGGUAGCAUAAUAGCAUUAGUUCAAAACCUUUCCCACAAUGCUUUGAAAAAGCAUAGCUUUUUGAAAUCGCCAUCAAAGGUAGUAGAUUAUUUUGCAUGUACUGAUUUUUGAUUUCAUGUUGGAGAAGUGAAAAUACUGACGUAUACACGUCCAUGUUUAUAAAAGGGACACUGACACGUCAGGUGUGGAUGGAAACUUGUACAAUCGUAACAUUGAACUUUGUGCUUAGUAAAAUCUGUGUCACGGUAAAGCUCCUGUUUCCAAAGGGCAGGAGGAUGGUGGAAGGGAAGAGAGGAGAUGACCAAGGCAAAAUCUACCACUGCAUUUUCUGUUAGCUAGCAAAUGGAGGCUAACGUCUUCUGACCUCCCUAAUACUGACAAACAGGGUAUUAAAACAAUGACUAUUUUCUCCUUUCUACUUUAGCUCUUUUAAACAUGCCAGAUGUGGGUGUGUUGGGUAAAUGUCAUUUUUCUAUGUUUUGUUUUGCUUUUGUGCUUCAACUAGAUGAAAUGGUUAUUUGAAUAAUACAAAUGCAGCCAAUUCCACCAACCCACAAUCAACCAGGGACCUCCUGAGGAUCUACUUGAGAAGGCUCUUCGUUUUUUGUGUUUUCACUUGAAUGCAAUGUUACGCAAGUGUUCCUCAUAACCACAAAACCAUGUAAGGUGUGUGCAUGGCAGUCCUUCUGUUAGCUCGAUGCUACUUCAUUUGGUUGUGUUCUGUUUUCUUAUAUGCCUUUUUUUUUAUUAUUGUUUGUUCUUUUUUUUAUAACUUUGACAUGUACAUACUUCCACGUGCCACAUUUUGUAACUUAUUUUGUGUGUAGAGCAACAUGCAAACAUAUAUUUACUUGAAUUGAUUGGCGUUCUCAAAGGCCAAAUUUCGUCAAUUCAAAUACCUCAGGAUGAUUCUGUGCAUUUUGGGGAGAGCUUCAAUCAUAACGGCAAAACAAAACCAUGCGGCACAGAUUGUUUUGUAGAAAAACAUAAGAAA